AGCACCAGUAGUAGUAUCGGCGCCCGCCGCCUGGUCUUCGUUUUCUGUCCUCUUCGGGCGGCCUGGUCCCGCGGCCUCUCCUCGGCCUCGCCUGCGCCGCCGUCGCCACGUUCCCUCCAUCCCUUCUCGAGCCCGAGGUGGACACGGCUGCGGCAUGUGGCGCUGGGUUCGGCAGCAGCUGGGUUUUGACCCACCACAUCAAAGUGACACAAGAACAAUUUAUAUAGCAAACAGAUUUCCUCAGAAUGGACUUUAUACUCCUCAAAAAUUUAUAGAUAACCGAAUCAUAUCAUCAAAGUAUACCGUGUGGAAUUUUGUGCCCAAAAAUUUGUUUGAACAAUUCAGAAGAGUAGCAAACUUUUACUUUCUUAUUAUCUUUUUGGUCCAGCUUAUGAUUGAUACUCCCACGAGUCCUAUUACCAGUGGACUUCCAUUAUUCUUUGUGAUAACUGUAACUGCCAUAAAGCAGGGCUAUGAAGACUGGUUAAGACAUAAAUCAGAUAAUGAAGUAAAUGGAGCACCUGUUUAUGUUGUUCGAAGUGGCGGCCUUGUGAAAACUAGAUCAAAAAACAUUCGGGUGGGGGAUAUUGUCAGAAUUGCCAAAGAUGAAAUUUUUCCUGCUGAUUUGGUGCUUCUGUCUUCAGACAGAGUGGAUGGUUCAUGCCACGUUACAACUGCUAGCCUGGAUGGAGAAACUAACCUCAAGACACAUGUGGCAGUUCCAGAAACAGCAGUGUUGCAAACUGUUGCCAAGUUGGACACACUCAUAGCUGUGAUAGAAUGUCAGCAGCCAGAAGCAGACUUAUAUAGAUUCAUCGGAAGAAUGAUACUGAAUCAACAAAUGGAGGAAAUUGUUAGACCUCUUGGGCCAGAAAGUCUCUUGCUUCGUGGAGCCAGAUUAAAGAACACAAAAGAAAUUUUUGGUGUUGCAAUAUAUACAGGAAUGGAAACUAAGAUGGCAUUAAAUUACAAGAGCAAGUCACAGAAACGAUCAGCAGUAGAAAAAUCAAUGAAUACCUUUUUGAUAAUAUAUCUCAUAAUCCUUAUUUCUGAAGCCAUCAUCAGUACAAUCUUGAAAUAUACAUGGCAAACAGAAGAAAAGUGGGAUGAACCUUGGUAUAACCAAAAAACGGAGCAUCAGCGUAAUAGCAGUAAGAUUCUGAGAUUUAUUUCAGACUUCCUUGCUUUUUUGGUGCUCUACAAUUUUAUCAUCCCGAUUUCACUCUAUGUGACAGUUGAAAUGCAGAAAUUUCUUGGCUCAUUUUUUAUUGGCUGGGAUCUUGAUCUUUAUCAUGAAGAAACAGAUCAGAAAGCGCAAGUCAAUACUUCAGAUCUGAAUGAAGAGCUGGGACAGGUGGAAUAUGUGUUUACAGAUAAAACUGGAACUCUGACUGAAAAUGAGAUGCAAUUUCGAGAGUGUUCAAUUAAUGGCAUAAAAUACCAAGAAAUCAAUGGUAGACUGGUAGCAGAGGGACCAACACCGGAAUCUUCAGAAGGCUUAGCAUACUUUAGAAGCUUCGCCCAUCUUAGCCCCUCAGCCCAUCUUGCAAUCAGUUCUGAAAGUGAAACUGAACUGAUCAAGGAACAGGAUCUCUUCUUUAAAGCAGUUGGUCUCUGUCACACAGUACAGAUUAGCAGUGGCCAAUCCGAUGGUCUUGGGGAUGGACCCUGGCACCCUGAUGCAGCAUCCUCAGAGUUGGAGUACUAUGCUGCUUCCCCAGAUGAAAAAGCCUUAGUUGAGGCUGCUGCAAGAAUUGGGGUCGUGUUUAUGGGCAGUACUGAAGAAACUAUGGAAAUUAAAACCCUUGGAAAACUUGAAAGGUACAAAUUGCUUCAUGUUCUGGAAUUUGAUUCAGAUCGUAGGCGAAUGAGUGUGAUUGUACAGUCUCCUAAAGGUGAGAAACUUUUGUUUUCUAAAGGAGCCGAGUCUUCAAUUCUUCCUAAUUGUAUUGGUGGUGAAAUAGAAAAAACAAGAAUUCACGUAGAUGAAUUUGCUUUGAAAGGGCUAAGAACUCUGUGUGUAGCAUACAGACGAUUCACACCUGAAGAGUUUGAGGAAGUGGACAGGCGCCUUUUGGACGCCAGAACUGCCUUACAGCAGCGUGAGGAGAAGCUGGCUGAGGCCUUCAACUGCAUAGAGAAAGAACUGCUGUUACUCGGGGCCACAGGUGUAGAAGACAGGCUUCAAGAUAAAGUGAGAGAAACCAUUGAAGCCUUGCGCAUGGCAGGCAUCAAAAUCUGGGUACUUACUGGUGACAAACAUGAAACCGCCAUCAGCGUGAGUCUGUCAUGUGGACAUUUUCAUAGGACCAUGAACAUCCUUGAGCUGGUCAACCAGAAGUCAGACAGUGAGUGUGCAGAACAGCUGAGGCGACUGGCCAGAAGAAUCACAGAAGAUCAUGUGAUCCAGCAUGGACUGGUGGUAGAUGGGAGCAGCCUUUCCCUGGCUCUGAGAGAGCAUGAGAAGAUAUUCAUGGACGUGUGUAAGAGUUGCUGCGCUGUGCUCUGUUGUCGCAUGGCCCCACUACAGAAGGCAAAAGUGAUAAGACUAAUAAAAAUCUCUCCAGAAAAACCCAUAACAUUGGCCGUUGGUGAUGGUGCUAAUGAUGUCAGCAUGAUACAAGAAGCACAUGUUGGCAUAGGAAUUAUGGGAAAAGAAGGAAGACAGGCUGCACGAAACAGCGACUAUGCAAUUGCAAGAUUUAAAUUCCUUUCCAAAUUACUUUUUGUCCAUGGCCAUUUUUAUUAUAUUAGAAUAGCAACCCUUGUACAAUACUUUUUUUAUAAGAAUGUGUGUUUUAUCACACCCCAAUUUUUAUAUCAGUUCUACUGUUUGUUUUCACAACAAACACUGUAUGACAGCGUUUACCUGACUUUAUACAAUAUUUGUUUCACUUCCUUACCUAUUCUAAUAUAUAGUCUUUUGGAACAGCAUGUACAUCCUCAUGUCUUACAGAGCAAACCUACUCUAUAUCGAGAUAUAAGUAAAAAUCGUCACUUGAGCAUUAAAACAUUUCUUUAUUGGACAAUCCUUGGUUUCACUCAUGCCUUCAUUUUCUUUUUUGGAUGCUAUUUUCUAAUAUGGAAAGAUAUAUCUCUACUUGGAAAUGGCCAGAUGUUUGGAAACUGGACUUUUGGUACAUUAGUCUUCACGGUGAUGGUUAUUACAGUCACAGUAAAGAUGGCAUUGGAAACUCACUUCUGGACCUGGAUAAAUCAUGUUGUUACCUGGGGAUCCAUUGCAUUUUAUUUUGCAUUCUCUUUGUUUUAUGGGGGAAUUUUUUGGUCAUUUCUGGAUAUCUACUUUGUAUUCAUUCAACUCCUGUCAAGCGGUUCUGCUUGGUUUGCCAUGAUCCUCAUAGUGGUUACUUGCCUGUUUCUUGAUGUUGUGAAGAAAGUGUUUGAUCGACAGCUAUAUCCAACACGUACUGAGAAGGCCCAGCUUACUGAAGCAAAUCCCAGGAUCAAGUGCUUGGAAUCCAUGUGUUGUUUCUCAGAGGGGCAAGCAGCAUGUGCAUCUUUUGGAAGGAUGCUGGACCGAGUGAUGGGGAACUACAGCCCGGCCCAGGUUAACAGAUCGUGGAGCCCAUCGGAGCCCUUCUGUACCAACGACAGGAGCAUCCUGACGCUCUCCACCAUGGACUCGUCCGCUUGUUAAGGAGCGUAGCAUGGGGGCAGCCAUGUCAGUCUGUCCCACAGCUCAGUGGGACGCUUCGGUUAGUGACUGUUAGUUCAGCAGAACUUCUUCCUGAAACCAGUGGAGUAGCAUAUGCUUAUGCAAGCUUAAUAGUAAAGAAACAGAAUCUUUCAGAUAAGUAAAUUCCUUCCAUUUAUCACUUUUCCUAAUGCCAACUCCAAACAAAUUAACCCAAACCUGUACAUAAAUCGAAAACUUCCCAAUUCUCGCUCCGGUUGCUGCCUCACAUUAUUUGAAGUCUAAAGAAGCAAACAGCCCUGGAGCUGUUGCUUAGGACACAGUUCUGCUAACAAGGUGGAGUGGGGGGAGCCCCUGUUUACAUGUCAAAAUACUCAGUAAUUAGCUAGGCCACCCACCGCUAUUUAAAGCUGCUUCUGUAAAUUGUGCUGAAAAGUUUGCCUUAAAAACUAUAUUUUUUUAUUCUAUAUUUUUUAUUCUAUUGAAGUUUCUUGUGACUGAAAUUUUAGCUGCAUUUGAGUAAAGGUUUCCUCCCCCACAGCCCAUGUUAUUGCUUUAUUGAUUUUUGUCUCUUGUUCAUGGGGCCGGCGAGUUCUUAAGAAAAAGAAAACCAGCCCGUUAUUCGUCUGCCUCUAGGCAGUCAGUCCAUGCCCACACGGCCUCUUAGUGGCAGAGGCAGCAACAGAACCGGGAAAGUUCACGUCUGGGUUAUACACUAGAUCAGAGGGAUGUCGUUCUUCUAAUCACAACAGAAAUCAGACCUAUUUCUUCAACUUCAUAUUCACCAAAACUCACAAGGGAGCUUUUAUGCCAGAUAUGAAGAAAACUACCAUUUCAUUAGCUUAGGUAUUAUUUCGUUAUGUUUUAUCAUUGAUGGGUUUUUUGCAUGUUUUAAUCCAGUUAAUGUAUUUCAUUUUGGUCUUGCUGUAUUUUAAGCUAAGCCUUUUCAUUGCCCUUCAUUUAUUUAAAGACUUGAUCACCCUCAGUUUUGUGAUAAUGUUGUAAAUACAAAUGUAUGAAAUAAAAGAACACAAUUAAGCUUGGACAGUA